AUGCUCUUCUACAAAGGGGCGCAGCUGGAUCUCUGGCCACUGAAAAAAUCGCCAUGCGAGGAGGUAAAAAAUUUGCUUGAGAAGGUGGAUGCGCAAGAUCCAGCCAGUUUUCUUCUAGGCAUGGACAAGAAACAUGUCACGUGGACCGACACGAUUAGGCAUAUGUCACAAGAAAGUUUUGAAGAUGUGCAUCGACAGCUCGACAAAGAUAGACUCUAUAUGGGAAAGAUUUUUUGGAAAGGUGUCAAUCUGGAUGCCAAGUCGAUGGACAGCGUUGGAGAAGGCAUGGGGAUUGGAAGGCUAUCAGGGCUUCGGGGGGAAGAGCUAAACAAAGCACGGG